GAACUGAGAGCAGUUUCGAAUUCAGUUUCCUUCUCCCAGAUCCCACCCUUUGGGUUUUUACUUACUGCUCCGUGAAUGCAUGCUGUUUUCCUUUCAGGAUCUGUUUGCGGCUUGUGUAUUCCUGUGGUGCACCUCCCAGAUCCGCAGAACGUGACUCCCUUGAGCAAUGGGCAAGCCCAGGAAUACCUCUGGCAAUGUACCCUCUCCUCAACCUGCUGCCACGGCGCCAAAAGCAGCCCCGGCAGCCCCACGAUCUUCUGCCUCAUCCAGAACGGUACCUGCCAGCAGCAGAACUCAGAGUGCUCCUGCUGCGAAGGGUCAUGGUGGCCGACAGGGGGCGGCUGAAAAGCCAGCCAGUGCCACAAGUCCGAGAGGAACAGGGCAAAGUUACCAGGCAAGGUCCACAUCAUCCGGCAGCGAGCAAGGAGGCACAAAGAGCGGCCGUGGAGCAAGAGCAAAGACCCCCACAGUAGGAGCAAGAGGAGGAGGAAAGUCUCCUGCUGCAGCUACUGAAGCCUCUGUAGGUCCUGCUGCUUGCAGCCCAGUGCCGACACAGGCGGCUAGCAAAACUCAGGGCAAAGCCCAAGGUAAAGCGAGCCACUUCCCUUCCCCUCUCUCUGCUGAAAAGGUUGCUGAAAUAGAGAAAGGAACCCGGGGCCAGCGCACUAACCCUGAAUGGUACAAGCAGCGUGCAAACCGCAUCACAGCCUCCAUAGCUCCCCAGAUAGCCAACAGCAAGUUUGUGAAUGGCAAGAGCUCUGAGAUUCCUCAGUCGUACCUGAGGCGUGUGGUGGAAUCUUCUUCCGGCGUGCAGACCCCGGCCAUGUCUUGGGGCGUCCGCAACGAGAAGAAAGCGGUGCAGGCGUACGAGGCCCUCAAGUCCAGCAAGAUUAACAAAGCGGUGAAGGUGGAUGAUUGCGGCCUCUUCAUUGACCAAAGGAAACCUUGGCUGGCUGCCAGCCCCGACGGGAUUAUCAAAGACGCAGAUACCGGGAAAGAGCUGGGGGUUCUGGAGGUCAAGUGUCCCUACAAACACAGAGAUAGGACGGUGACAGAAGCUUGCAAGGACAAAAGCUUCUGUCUGGAGAAGGUGGGCGACUCCUACUCUCUGAAGAAGAACCACCAAUAUUACACGCAGUUGCAAGUCCAGAUGGGCGUCACUGGCCUUCCAAAGGCAGAAUUGGUGGUCCACACCAACAAAGAAACGGCGAUUGCCCCUGUAGAUUUCGACCCUGUUUUCUGGGAGACAACUACAUCAAAAUUGGAGAAGUUCUAUGUGGAGGCCGUAGUCCCUUGCCAGGAGGAGAAGAAAAGUGCUGCCGCCUGGGCUAAGGAAGAAUGAAGGUGCUGAGAAGUCUGGCACCCUACCCUCCAUGAAAUAUGUGCCUUGUAACUGAUGCUCCUUUCAGGUUUCAUGCCCAGUGCAAAGUGGUUAAGUUCCCUUCUGUGCCUUUAAUGCAUCCUUUAUAGUUAUAGUUACACAGCACAUCCUGCCACUCACCAACUCACCCUCCACCCCUGGUUGCACACCCUGUUUUCCUCAGACGAUCACACUCCACUUGCAUAUAGCCCAUCAGCUCUGCAGGACAACAGCAGAUCUUCUGUGGUCAUGUGCAUUCCUUUCUGCAAGCUGCAUUAAGUAUGCCGCGUACAGCAAGCCUGUAUGCUUGCCAUUUCUCCUAUUGUGAAAGGUGGUGGCAGGCGUGCUAUCUCACCUGCCUGUGCUCUCUUGGUUGGGCCAAACAACAGGAUAAAAUGGCAGCAGGUGAUGUGGAAGGAGGAACACACAAAUUUGCUUCUCAUCAGCUCUUUCCAUGCAAGUGGCAAUUGCACCGCUGCCUUAAUGAUUCCAUGCUCCCAUAUAACUUGGACAUGGAUGUUCUGUGAAAUUAUUUUUGCUGCCUUCCAACCACCAGAAAAACAUGGAAUACAGUUUUUGAGACCAGAGCAUUGUGGCUUGGGGUUUGGGGUAUUUUGGUUUUUGAUUUCCUGCUCCUUUUUACAAUACAGAGCCACAUCUCUUACGGGACAUUCACAGUACUUCUUGGAACAUGUGCUUUGCUUUUUCUAAAAACCAGCCUGUGUGGUGUUGAAAUUCACAGUUAUAAGCUGAGUGGUGUUGGGGAGAAGGGCACCUGGAUAUUUGAAGAGCCAGAGGACUUGGAAUACAGGAGAUGGAGCAGAAAUCUAGCUCAUGCACCAAUUAAUUUGGGAAUAAUUGUAUGGAACCUGUUUCUGAACAAAUGUGAAUAUCAGACCUUCAAAAGUAAAUCUAAUGCUCACCAAUGGUGAAGAUGGGGGUACCCAUUUUUCUCAUGUAAUGUAAAAAUAUUAUUUUGGGUGGGUGUGUUGCCAUGUUGACUGAGAGCACAUCCAGGCCUUCUCCACUAGAGAACCAGCAGCAAAGACUAAAUGUUCAUUGUGUAAUGCUUCGUUUAUAAAAUCUCAGUUUGUGAAUUGCAACUUUGUUCAGAACAAAAACCAGUUUAGUUGUUCAGCAUCAGUAAUAGGGCAUAGUGUAUGUCUCCUAAAUUGUAGACAUUUUUGCUUUUGUAUAAUCACAGCUUCUGCUGUGCAAAAUGUAACACAUGUCCAAAUAAAUGCAUUUGCUUUGGA